AUGUCAUUAACCAGCUUGGAUAAGUUUAAUAAGCGUGCAAGUAUUGCGGAAAGCGAGAUCGAGUAUUUAAAAAAAGAAAUCGAACAAUUGAAGCUUGCUCUGCAGUCACGCUCGCGAGUUUCCGAACAGCCUAAUGUCAGUGAGUUGGUCCAGGAGAACGCUAAAUUGAAGCACCGGGUCACGAUUAUGAAUCGAUACGUAGAUUCAUUGCGUCAGAAAGAAUCUAGCAGUAAAAAUACAAUGGAUAGCCAAAAAAUGCCGAGUAUAAGUACCCAGCUGGAAGAAUUAUUCCGGGAAGCUAUUAAAAAAUCUUAUUCAGAAGAUCUACCGGUUGUUAUUUCUGCUUCUGGUAAUCCAAAAUUCGGAGAUUAUCAAUGAGUUACAGAAAAUCCUUUCGAAGUAGCCACCAAAAUAGUCUCCAACAUAAUCUCGUCGCCUUUGAUAGACCGUCUGGAAGUAGCCAAGUCUGGUUUCAUAAACAUCUACCUCAGCCGAGACUUCAGCCGCUCAAUUUUAAAAAACGUGAUAAAAUCCCGUAGAGUCUUUCCCCCGGAGGUAAAAAGUCUGCGAGUAGUCGUCGACUUCUCCAGUCCUAACAUCGCGAAGGAGAUGCACGUGGGCCACCUGAGGUCCACGAUCAUCGGCGAAAGUUUAAGCCGUCUUUUAGAAUACCUAGGCCACGACGUGCUGCGCUUGAACCACGUCGGCGACUGGGGUACCCAAUUCGGGAUGUUAAUUGCCCAUUUGCAAGACAAGUUCCCCGAUUACGCCACAGUCUCUCCCCCGAUUUCCGACCUCCAGGGCUUUUAUAAAGAGUCCAAGAAGCGCUUUGACGAAGACGAAGAGUUUAAGAAGCGAGCCUACGCCUGUGUUGUAAAAUUGCAAGCAGGAGAUCCGGAAAUUACCAAAGGUUGGCAAUUAAUUUGUGACGUUUCUCGGAAGGAGUUCGAUAAUUUGUACCGAAGGUUGGAUAUUAAAUUAAUUGAACGCGGGGAGUCGUUUUAUAACAAGAUGAUGAUAGAAGUCGUCAAGGAGCUGGAGGAUAAAGGACUGCUUGAAGAGGACGAGGGUCGGAAGAUAAUGUGGGGAGAGAAGCCAAACUCUGGAAUUCCUCUGACGAUAGUUAAAUCCGAUGGAGGGUUUACUUAUGACACCUCCGACAUGGCGUGCAUUAAACACAGGAUCCAUGUUGAAAAAGGCGACUGGCUGAUUUAUGUGACCGACGCUGGACAAGCUGGACACUUCCAGCUGAUUGAAAGCUGCGGCAAGAGAGCUGGAUAUGUUAAGCCUGAGACUAGAGUUUCCCACGUGGGAUUCGGCGUGGUUUUAGGAGAAGACAAGAAGAAAUUUAAGACCCGCUCUGGAGAUACUGUAAAACUCUUGGACUUGCUGGACGAGGGACUUAAGAGAGCCCUGGACAAGCUUAUAGAAAAGGGAAGGGAUAAAGAAUUGAAUGAAGAAGAGCUUAGGGCGGCGCAAGAAGCAGUGGCUUAUGGGUGUAUUAAGUAUGCUGACUUGUCUCAUAAUAGGAAUCAUGAGUACAUUUUCUCGUUUGAUAAGAUGUUGGAAGAUAGAGGCAAUACUGCUGUCUAUUUGCUGUAUCAGCUGACCAGGAUUAGGUCCAUUGCGAGGAACGCUAAAGUUUCCGAGGAACAAAUUAAAUCGGCGGUGGAUUUGACGAUGAUAUCGCUGGAGCAUGAAAAAGAAUGGAAGUUAGCCAAGGUCUUGAUUAAGUUCCCGGAUGUUUUGCUUAAGGUUACUAAGGACUUGGUCUUGCACCCCCUUUGCGAGUUUUGCUAUGAAUUGUCUUGUGCGUUCAGUGAGUUCUAUGACAAGUGCUACUGCGUGGAGAAUGUCAAUGGGGAGAUGAAGGUUAAUAUGGGCAGGAUUUUAUUAUGUGAAGCUACUGCGCUGGUUUUGGAGCAGUGCUUUUAUCUUCUUGGACUUAAACCUGUUGCUAAAAUGUAG